AUGAACUUUCUUCUGGGGUCAUCGGACAUUCACCUCUUUUUCUUUCCACCUCUCUCUUUCCACCUCUCUCUUUCUCUCUCUCUCUCUCUCUCUUUCCACCUCUUUUUCUUUCUACCUCUUUCUUUCAACCUCUUUUUCUUUCCACCUCUCUAUUUCCACCUCUCUUUCUACCUCUCCCUCUUUAUACCUCUCCCUUUCCACCACACUCUCCACCUCCCCUUUCUAUCUCUCUCUUUCCACCUUUUCUCUUACCGCCUCUCCCUUUCCACCUCACUCUCCAUCUCUCCCUUUCCACCUCUUUUUUCUUUCCACCUCUCUCUUUCCACCUCUUUUUCUUUCCACCUCUCUCUUUCCACCUCUCUCUCUUUACACCUCUCCCUUUCCACCUCACUCUCCACCUCUCCCUUUCCAUCUCUCUCUUUCCACCUCUUUUUUUUCCCUCUCUCUCUUUCCACCUCUCUCUCUUUCCACCUCUCUCUCUUUCCACCUCUCCUCUUUCCACCUCUCCCCUUUCCACUCUCCACCUCUCCCUUUCCAUCUCUCUCUUUCCACCUCUUUUUCUUUCCACCUCUCUCUCUUUCCACCUCUCUCUUUCCACCUCUCUCUCUCUUUCCACCUCUCUCUCUCUUUCCACCUCUCUCUCUCUUUCCACCUUUCUCUCUUACCGCCUCUCCCUUUCCACCUCACUCUCCAUCUCUCCCUUUCCACCUCUUUUUCUUUCCACCUCUCUCUUUCCACCUCUUUUUCUUUCCACCUCUCUCUUCCCACCUCUCUCUCUUUACACCUCUCCCUUUCCACCUCACUCUCCACCUCUCCCUUUCCAUCUCUCUCUUUCCACCUCUUUUUCUUUCCACCUCUCUCUCUUUCCACCUCUCUCUUUCCACCUCUCUCUCUUUCCACCUCUCUCUUUCCAUCUCACUCUCCACCUCUUCCUUUCCACCUCUCUCUUUCCACCUCUCUCUCUUUCCACCUCUCUCUCUUUCCACCUCUCUCUUUCCAUCUCACUCUCCCCUCUUCCUUUCCAUCUCUCUCUUUCCUCCUCUUUCUAGCUCUUUUUCUUUCCACCUCUCCCUUUCCACCUCUCUCUCUCUCUCUCUCUCCACCUCUCUCUUUCCUUUACUACCUCGUCUAGGAGAUCCAGUGUUUCCUUCCACCUCUCUUUCCACCUCUCUCUCUCUCUCUCGCUUUCCACCUUUCUCUUUCCACCUCACUCUCUCUCUCUCUCCUUCCACCUAUCUCGCUUUCCACCUCUUUUUCUUUCCACACCUCUCUUUCCACCUCACACUCUUUCCACCUCUUUUUCUUUCCACCUCUUUCUACUUCUCUCUGUUUCCACCUCUUUUUCUUUCCACCUCUAUCUUUCCACCUCUCUCUUUCCACCUCUGUCUUUCCACCUCUCUCUCUCUCUCUCUCUUUCCACCUCACACUCUUUCCACCUCUUUUCCUUUUCACCUCUCUAUUUCCACCUCUUUUUCUUUCCACCCCUCUCUCUCUCUCUUUCCACCUUUCUCUUUCCACCUCUGUCUUUCUCUCUUUCCGCCUCUCUGUCAUCACGUGCGUGCCUAUUUAUAUUUCAGCUUUCUCUAA